UAUCAGAUGCAAAAAAAAAACCCUCUCUCGAGAGCGACUCCCCCAAAGCGCCUCUUUAAUAAAAAAAAAAACCUCCAUUUUUUUGCUUUCACCGGCCGGCGCUGGUUUUCCGGCGUCGGUUGGGUUUCUCUUUCUAUUUAAUUUGUUUCAACUUCUUAUUCAUAUAGUUUUUAGUAAUAGUUACGGCAAUUUCUAAUCAAAAUAUGCUUUUGUUCUUCACGACGAUGAAUUUGAAAAGUCAGAUUUUGAUGUCUCUAAUCUUUGGUGCGGACUGGAUAUUGUCCUCAAUUGCAUAUUGGGUGGGUGUCGGGUUCAUGCGAGGCAGGAUUCGCCUUCUUUUGUCGAUGUUGGGGUUGUACUCUUUCUCUAAUUUGCGUCGGUUCGGUGUCGAUUCAGUGGAAUCGUGAUAUCUUCCUUUACAUAAGGUUUGUUUCUGGUGGACUCUCUCACCGGCGUUAUCAACCGAUGAAUCUUCUCCUAAGCAAAGAUUUGAAGAUUUCAUUUGGGUUUUUGAUCCCGGAAUUAUUAUACUAUCUUGUCCGCUUAAAAGAAUUGAGUCACGCGAUAAUCCCCUCUUGUUAAGGCCACAGUCCGAUGAUGGUGAUCUCGCUGUCCCUCUGUUUGAAAUCACUGGUCUUAUGAAAGGGGAAUCCAUGGUCGCUAACCGGCAUUGUGUUUGGCGUUUCAAAAGGCAUGUUUUAAAACCAUCACAAACAACAUAUCAAAUUUUUCGUUUAAUUAUGGUAAUGCAGAAAGCAUUUAGGAGUCUCAUCUACAAGAUGUUAGCCUUUGACGAGUCACGAGUGUAUGAAGAGGUGAUUUAACAGAUUUUUUUCUGUUGUCCAUAAGGCUUCUGUUUGGAAAGCAGGGUUACUUUCCACUUCUUCAUCGAUCGAAAGUGAAAGUGUGUUCAAUUUCCAAUAUUUGUUCCAAAUGGUUGUAUUUGUUUGGUUUUAUGUAUUCAUGUAAUGAUGUAAACGCUUUUCGUAUAAUAUAAUAUUAUAAUUGAUUUGCCGUUAAAAAAGGAAAACUAAGCUUGAUUGAAGCCCAAAAAAGCCCAAUAGCGACAAAUUCUAUCUCUUCUCCGCCUUUCAUCACGAUGAAUCCGCCAUUGAAGUCGUUUCUUCCUCACGAGAUCUUUGAGCUUCCCAUUUCGUAAAAUUGGAAGCGAUUGCUUCUUCCAUCACGCUUCCACACAAUUCCCUUUCCGCUUCUGAAGCGUGAAUCUCGUGUGUCUUUUGACGCUUCCAUGCUACAUAGAGCUUGUGUAAGAUUGGGUUGGAAAAAAAGAUGCAAGCUUUAAGCAUUUGGCCAUUAAAGUCUGGUCUUUUGGUUGGUUCAAGAUUUGAAUUUGAGUUGGAGUGUUCUUGUUCUGUUGUAGUUAGCCCUAAGACUAGAAAUAGACAUUGUUUUCUUGAACAGGCUUGCUUUGGUAAUACUAGUAUCUCUAGCGGUUUUGCCAUUAAUCCUACUUCAAAAGUUCUGUUUUUGUGUGAGCCAAAGAGAAGUUUGUUGGGAUCAUCGGUUGGGGUAGGAUGGGCCACGGAGCAACGAGAGCUCGGGGAAGAAGAAGAAGUUUCUACGGAAGAUUCAAGUGCCGUAAAUGGAGGAGAAAAGAACAGUUCAAGAGUUAAUGUUAGAGAGUUAGCGUUUAGUUUACGAGCUGCUAAGACAGCUGAUGAUGUUGAUGAUGUUCUCAAGGAUAAAGGAGAAUUGCCUCUACAAGUCUUUUGUGCUAUGAUAAAGGGUUUUGGCAAGGACAAGAGAUUGAAGCCUGCGGUAGCGGUAGUAGAUUGGCUUAAGAGGAAGAAGAUUGAAUCAGGAGGUGUCAUAGGUCCAAACCUUUUCAUAUAUAACAGUCUUUUGGGUGCGAUGAAACAGUUGAGGGAAGCAGAGAAGAUACUGAGUGAUAUGGAGGAAGAAGGGAUUGUUCCAAACAUUGUUACUUACAAUACUUUGAUGGUUAUUUACAUGGAAGAAGGGGAGUUUCUCAAGUCCCUUGGGGUUCUUGAUUUAGUCAAAGAAAAAGGUUUUGAGCCUAACCCGAUAACAUAUUCAACGGCUUUGCUUGUCUACAGAAGAAUGGAAGACGGUAUGGGAGCUCUCGAGUUCUUUGUUGAGUUGAGAGAAAAAUACUCAAAGAGGGAGAUAGGGAACGACUCCAGUUACGAUUGGGAAUAUGAAUUUGUUAAGCUCGAAAACUUCAUUGGUAGAAUAUGUUACCAAGUGAUGAGGCGGUGGCUGGUGAAAGAUGAAAACUGGAGUACUAGAGUGUUGAAGCUUUUGAAUGCAAUGGACAGUGCAGGGAUUAAACCGAGUAGGGAAGAGCACGAGAGGCUUAUAUGGGCAUGUACUCGUGAAGAGCAUUAUAUUGUUGGUAAAGAGUUGUAUAAAAGAAUCAGAGAGAGGUUUCCUGAAAUAAGUCUGUCUGUCUGCAACCAUUUGAUUUGGCUGAUGGGAAAGGCUAAGAAAUGGUGGGCAGCAUUAGAGAUUUAUGAGAAUCUUCUUGACGAAGGACCUGAACCUAACAAUUUGUCUUACGAGUUAGUUGUCUCUCAUUUCAGUAUCUUGCUGAGUGCAGCUAGCAAGAGAGGGAUAUGGAGAUGGGGAGUUAGGUUGCUUAACAAAAUGGAAGAUAAAGGAUUGAAACCGCAGAGCAGACAUUGGAACGCGGUUCUUGUAGCGUGUUCAAAAGCCUCUGAGACUGCAGCUGCGAUCCAAGUCUUUAAAGCAAUGGUUGACAACGGCGAAAAGCCAACGGUGAUCUCAUACGGUGCACUACUCAGUGCUCUUGAGAAAGGGAAGUUAUAUGAUGAGGCGUUUCGGGUUUGGAACCAUAUGGUUAAGGUAGGGAUUGAGCCAAAUCUUUACGCGUACACGACAAUGGCUUCAGUUUUGACAGGACAGCAAAAGUUCAAUCUUUUGGAUACCCUUCUCAAGGAAAUGGCUUCAAAGGGUAUUGAGCCGAGCGUUGUGACUUACAACGCGGUUAUAAGUGGUUGCGCGAGGAACGGGUUAAGUGGUGUGGCUUAUGAGUGGUUUCAUAGAAUGAAAAGCGAGAAUGUUGAGCCUAAUGAGAUAACUUACGAGAUGUUGAUCGAGGCUCUUGCAAAUGAUGCAAAGCCAAGGCUUGCUUAUGAGUUACAUUUGAAGUCUCAUAACGAAGGGCUUAAGCUCUCUUCUAAGCCAUACGAUGCGGUUGUUAAAUCAGCUGAGACUUAUGGAGCCACCAUUGAUCUUAAUCUUUUGGGUCCUCGACCUGACAAAAAGAAGAAAGCUUAGUCUGAUGAAACACAUUGUACAAAAUCUAAUGUUACCGUGGGGUAAGGCACAUCAUCCAAGGAUUGCCAUGUCGGGGACAGAGAACAAAGAGCAAUUGCAGGACUCUUGAAGGCAAGAAAAUUCUCAUUGCAGGGAAGAAGAAAGUGUCCAAGUAAUCAUCUUCAUGAUCUCCUUCUUGUUCUUUAAUACUCUUUUUAGUUUGUCUAGUCUCACUGUUUAAUUGUGAUUUGUAAUCUUCAAAACUUGUUUCCUAA